AUGCUACAACCGAAGGCACAACUGGCGCAUCAGCGGGGACUGAGGGACGUUCUGACGGAACCUGGAGCCAUAAACGCGACUGGCGCACCUGCAGCUUCAGAGGACUCUGGUGAAAUCUUACAUAGGGACUCCGGUUCUGUAGCGGCAGAAUCGGAAAUCAGAGACACGCUAUCGAGCCACACACACAGUACAGACAACACCACCUGCCGGCCCCAUCUAAACGUGGCGUUCCUGAAGGUUCACAAGUGCGGGUCUUCCCUGGUGUCCCACCUGGUCCUGCGGUUCGCACACGAGCAUGGAUUACUGGCCGCCCUGCCACGGAAAAGGGACGCCUCUAUUAUAGGCAGUCUGGGCAAGAUCGGAGACAGAGCCUACCUACAUCCACCCAGCGGAAAACGCCUGAACAUCUUCGCUCACCACGCCAUGUACAACAGGGAUCGCUUUCACCAGAUCAUGAAUCCAGACACAAGGUACAUAACCAUCCUACGAGAACCACUGAAACGGCUCCAGUCAGCAUUCCUGUAUUUUAACCUCGGAAAAAGAUUUUCCGGACUCAAGGAGAAAACUCGCAGAGGAACCGCUCUAUUCACUACAUACCUCACAAACCCUGCUUACUGGGAUCCAAAAUACAAAGUACCGCUAAGUCCGAAACACAGGGAGCACUAUUGCUUCAGAAAUUGUAUGGCACGCGACUUGGGUCUCAAAGAGAGCGACUACGAAAACUCCACCGCUGUUCAAGAGUUCGUGGAAGGGAUAGAAAACGAUUUCUCGACUGUCAUGAUCCUAGAACAUUUGCCUGCAUCGUUGGUUUUGCUAAAGCGUCGCAUGUGUUGGACGCUAUAUAACAUCCUCUACACCAUGGGCGUUCACACGAGAACACAGACGUAUAAACGCGAUGUACCCAUCACUAAAGAGAUGGAACAUGCCUUUUACGAACACAACAUUGCCGACGUAAUGCUAUACAGACGUUUUAACGAAUUGUUUCACCAGCAAAUAAGUCAAGAAGGCGACGACUUUUUUGGCGAGGUAAAACAUUUCAUCCAUGUGAACCACGCUGUUUCGCAUUACUGUAAAUCCAACAAGAGAGACAAACAGGGAAAGAUGACGGUAAAACCAAGCAGAUGGAACGAGGCAUUUUCUGUCGGCCAGGAGCUCUGCGGAGUAUAUGGGAAGAAGAGAAUGUUUUUUGACAAGCUUCUACGACGAGCCUAUUCUAGGAAGUAA